GGGCUCCAUUUUUCCUCGUGGAAUUUCGCGCGUCUUCUGCAUUAGCGGUAGCUCCACAAUUCCACACAACACCUUCGUUUUUUUCCGUCUUAAUAUAACCCUAUACUACACCUCGUCCCGGAGAAAUGAACGUCUUUUAAUUUCCUCCAUCUACGAGGAGACUGGUACUGGAUGUUCGGCGUGCGGGUGUGUAGCGUCACGGGCGGCGUGUCAUUCACCACAGAUCGCAUGUAGAUCACGAAGCCGCCUGACUGCGAGACGUGGCACAUCUUAUGAUUUAAAGCGCCUUUCAAGUGAUGCAAAUGUAACCGUCUUUGUCGGGAAUAACGGAAAGUGUACUGGAAGCAGGAUGUCCUUCUACGCCGUCAUUAUACCGAUCCUCUGUAUCAUUUUCUCUGCUUGGCAGGUGAGUGCAAAUGAGGAUUGCUUGUGGUACGUGGACAAAAAUGGCACCUGGCACAAUGGCUUCGACUGCCCACUCAUAACUUUCUGCUGUGGAAACUGUCACCGCCGCUACUGCUGUCUCGAUGGCUUCAAGAUGAUCACAGAAGCAGGACAGAAGCGCUGCAUGCUCUUCCAUCUCAGCCCAUCCACUAUAGCUGGCAUUGCUUCAUCGAUCCUGCUCUUUGUGGCUGCAAUUGCAACCAUGGUCUGUUGCUUCAUGUGUUCCUGUUGUUACCUUUACCAGCGACGCCAGCAGCGAGGCAGAACUCCUUAUGAAGCCCAGCACAUUCCAAUGGCCAGCUAUCCAGUGGAGCACAUGUAUGAUGCUUAUGGUAAACCAAUCGGUCAUCUGGAAUAUCCUGGAUAUCCAAUGGUGCCGCAGUAUCCUAUGAUGCCCCAGGGUCCUUAUCCUCCUCAUCCUCCUGAUCCAGGAUUCAGUCAAGCAGCUCCUCCGCCGUACUCUCCUCCCCAGUACCCUGGGCACUGAAAGAGCCGAAGCCCCCUCCCAUCGGCAAGGAGAAGAUAACCUGUACAAUGGGUGAUGAAGAGGGCCCAUGCUUGUUUGGAAUCCCUUGUAUGAGAAUCCGUAUAAAAAAAAGUUGAGUUAUGUUAUUUAUUUCUUAAUUUAAAUUAAUUUGUGGAGUGAAGCAUGAACUGACCUGGGAAUCGCCUCACACGUCGGAGUAUUUUCUUGUUUGAUGUACAGCUUUCAUGUGUCACUAAUCAGCAAGACUCCUUCCACUUUAACCCAGCAACUCACAGACUCAAAAAGACUGCUAUAGAUGUGCCAUUAUGUUUUUGUCAAACUCUCAAAAAAAAUGGACCGUUAGAUAUGGCUGAUCUGCAGAAGAGAACUGCUGAUAGUUUUGACUCGCCCAGGAUGUUUUCUGUUCAACCAAAUAAGAAGCAUUUGUCAUUCGCACUUUAAGCUGCAAUAGACGUGCUUAGCUGUCUCUCCCUGCUCGUUUCUUCGAAAUGCAUUUAUUUCUGCAUGUCAUGUGCAUCAUAAACAUCCGUAGGCUUUAGAUGUUUUACAGACAUGCUGACAUGAGACAGGUAUUUUAUAGACAGUUUACAUGCAGUAUGUAAAUAAGAGAGAACUUAACAUGUGUCGCAUAGCAUCUUCCCAACCAACCAAAACGUCAUUGUGUGCGUUUGCAGUUUGCCAUCUGUCGUUAGAUGUGGCUUGAAUUUAAGCCGUUAUGUUAACAUUCGUUAGAUCUGCAUGUCUUUAAUUGUAACUCAAGCUACCUAUAGGCCAGCUAUCGAGGAGAUCACAGUAAUGUUUGCAUUCCUUUAGCUGUCUAUCUGUUCUUAUUCAUUUCAAAAAACAUUCAUUUAUAUUAUAUCGUUACAUACUUAAAGCAGUGUCAUUUAAGCAAAGCCCCUUUAAGCUAUGUUAGUUUCUGCAUAUUUGUCGUAAUAUUUCACCCAAAAAUGAAAAUUUGCUGUUUCAAUAAUUUACAUAAAAAAAUUAUUUACUCAAGCAUUUUCAAGAAGAUUUUUAGCCAAAAUCGAGGCAUUUGGUGGUUCAUAUAAUGCAAGUCAACAGCUAUAUCAGCAAUUUGAGAGUCAAAAAGCAAAGUAUUAAUUUUGUUUGUCCUAUGUAUAUUUUUUUACUCUAAAAAUGCCGGAGGACUUUGACUUGCAGUUUAUGAAUCACUAAUGGCGAGUUUUUGAUAUUUAGUUAUUUAAUAUGGUAGCCAAGAGAGCUUAACGUGCUGCAAUUUAAGAAAAAACAUGCAUUUACAAAAAAACAUCAGCAAAUUAAGAAAAGAUCUUUAUCCGUUUGACAGCACACAUGCUGCAAAUGCUCACAUCGCAAGCAAUUUACUAAAACGUGCUGCAUUUUCUCACAACACUUUCAAAAAGAACACACAGCAGAAAUGUUUCAAGGGGACCCAAAAACGUGACUGACACCACUCAUGUCAUAGUGUCGGGACUAUUUCUCAGUGAAGUUGAAGUUGAUCUUUGAAAGGUGAGUUUUGUGUUUAUGUUAACAUCCUUAUUGCCUUGUCUUUUGUAUUUUACUAGCCUAAAUCACCAUUGCUGCAUCCCAAAUCGCAUACUUCUACUAUGCCCUAAAAGUAUGCACUUUUUUGUGAAGGAAAAGUAUAUACUUUUGAGUGUGUGACAGUAGAGUAUGCAAGCUUUGGAACGUACUACUUCCUUGUUAACAGAUCAAUAUGUUGCUUAGUUACGAGCCGUCAAUCAUUCACACAUCAUCCACAUUUCUGUCAUCUUCAAUUUCCUACCUUAUUGGAGAAGCAGCAGCAGCAGAUUAAUCUCCCAUUUACAAGUUUUUCAUGCAGAGAAAUCUCCUCAGGUCUUUGGACAAUUAUGCAUUCAGAUGUUAAUGUCCAUACACGUCUUUAUAUAAGUUCAGUAUUGUUGUUGCAGAUGAAAUAUAACACAGAAAAUGCGAUUUAAAUAUUUUCCAGUUGGCUAGAUAUUAAUAAACAGUCAUCUUUACUGAAGCUUCUCUACUUGAUGGUUGGUCUCUCGCGUCCAUCAUGUUUCUAGUUUGUUUACACUUUUCACCCGCGUUUGUAGUUCUAAUCGAAUUCACGUACAAUGUACAAUGUACUGUGGGCAAUAUCAUACUCUUUUCAACAUACUAUGAUUUGGGACAUACUAAUUCUAUUUUCAAAUACUAUUUAAGACCGUAUGCGAAUUGGGACGCAGCACAUAACCUAAAUAGCAGAGUCUGUCACGCUUUUGGGUCCCCUUGAAACAUUUCCAUUGUGUUCCAUCCUUUUUGAAAGUGUUGUGAGAAAAUGCAGAUUUUGGUAAAUUAUUUGCGUUGUGAGUAAAUACAGUGCGUUUCAUUAAUUUGUUUGCAUUGUGAGAAAAUGCAGCACGUUUUUUAAAAAAAUGUGUUUGCCUUGUGAGGAUUUGCAGUAUGUGUGCUGCCAAACAGAUGAAGAUCUUGUCUCAAUUUGCUGGCGUUUUUUUCUAAUUGCACAUUUUCUUAAAUUGCAGCAUGUUAAGCUUUCUCGGCCACCAUAAUUUAAUGUUCUUUUGAAGAAAAUCUAAUCAUAAAUGUAAUCAUAGAUGACCUGAAAGUAAGUAAAUGAACAGCAGAUAAAGUUUUUGGAGUCAUUUCUGCAAACUUGAGUCAAAUCUCUAUAACUUCAUGGCAAAAACAAAAAUCGGACACUUUUCUUUGUCUUUUUAAACUGCAAAUAUGUGGUCAUUUACCAGCACACAACAGAUUUUUGCAGUUGAAAUACAGUAAUUAAAGUUGAGGUAACUUAAUUGGGAAUUUCGCAAAAGAACAUUUUCCUGUUACAAAUUCUUUUGUGAUGCAACUUAAGAUGGCUCUUUUAUUGCCUGCCGAAUUGAGUGUUUUUCCAUUGACAUAAGCAUCAUUGUAUCGUCUCUGCCUUAUUUUCCAAGUUUAUCAUCAAUUACACUUCUUCCAAGGGUCAGUUAGAAUGUAUUUAAAACGAAUUAGAAACUCUCUCAUUAGAAGAAUUUAGUUCAAAAUAAUUCAUCAGGUGCAUAUGAGGUGCAAUUUGUUUUGAUUUGAAAUGAUUUGUGCUACCUCCUCAUUUCACAUUAGUUGUGAUGCUUUUUCCACUGUUUAAAUAACUUGCUAGUUAUUUAAAUUAAUGUAAAAUUAACAGUGUUGUUUUUUGCUGUAUACAGCAUAUGCUACAGUUUUGUCACUUUGAAAUGUGAAGUACAAACGAUCUACAAAGAGGAAUUUUUACAAUGUGGAAUAUUAACAUGUAUUUCGAGAGGAAAAAAGGGAAUUAAUAGGCUACUAGUGUUUGAACUUGCACUAAUCAAUCCUAUAAAAGAGGACUAAUUGAACAGACUGGACAAGGAGUAUUGCUUAAUUCUCUUUUUACAAUAAAAAAAAGAGUUGACUUUG